UACCUUUAUUGUUGCUUGUGUUGGAAGGCGACUGUUCAGAGGUAGGGAGCGGGCAAGAUGAGUUGGGAGGAGAGCAGAAAAAGACUGUAGCUGCAUUUUCAACAGCUUCUUCACCCAUGUGCACGUGUCCGGAAUCUGGGACCCCAUUCCCCUGCCGGGUUUCUGACGCCCAGCCCAUGAGUUCCGCUACCCCGCCCCACCCCCCCUCCACUUUGCAGAAACCGGGGAUUGAAUGGAGGGGGAAGGGAAGGAGGUGGGGGCGCGCCUCUGGAUGGGCUGUUGUGGGGGAUGACGUAGGGACCGGCGACGUGGGGAGGGGGAGCAGCGGGGGAAGUCGUGGAGAGAUUAAGUAAUGAGAACUUGGGCCCAGUUUUUUUUCCAAGCCUAGAAAGGCAGAAUAUGUUCGUAUCCUUUCUGACCUCCCAAGCAUAUGCAAUGUUUUCCAGAUUUAGGAGACUUCAAAAAGGUGGGGCAGAUAGAAUGGAGAUGGCAAAGAUCUCUUUGGGUAUAUAUGGGCCUGGCGAAGUAAUGGAAUAAUUUCUAAUUUUCGGAGAAGCCCUCAUGCCGGGAUGGCAGAGGAUGAGCCUGAUGCUAAGAGCCCCAAGACUGGGGGAAGGCCCCCUCCAGGUGGUGCUGAGGCUGGGGAACCUACCACCCUUCUUCAAAGGCUCCGAGGUACCAUUUCCAAGGCCGUGCAGAACAAAGUAGAGGGAAUCCUGCAAGAUGUACAGAAAUUUUCUGACAAUGACAAGCUGUAUCUCUACCUUCAGCUCCCCUCAGGACCCAGCACUGGAGACAAAAGCUCAGAGCCAAGUACACUGAGCAAUGAGGAGUACAUGUAUGCCUAUAGGUGGAUCCGCAACCACCUGGAAGAGCACACUGACACCUGUCUGCCAAAGCAAAGUGUUUAUGAUGCCUAUCGGAAGUACUGUGAGAGUCUCGCCUGUUGCCGCCCACUCAGCACAGCCAACUUUGGCAAGAUCAUCAGAGAGAUCUUCCCUGACAUCAAAGCUCGAAGGCUUGGUGGCCGGGGCCAGUCCAAAUAUUGCUACAGUGGCAUACGAAGGAAGACCUUGGUGUCUAUGCCACCCCUGCCUGGACUUGACCUAAAGGGUUCUGAGAGUCCAGAAAUGGGCCCAGAAGUAACCCCAGCACCUCGAGAUGAACUGGUGGAGGCAGCCUGUGCCCUGACCUGUGACUGGGCAGAGCGGAUCCUGAAACGGUCCUUCAGUUCCAUCGUUGAGGUCGCCCGCUUCCUGCUACAGCAGCAUCUCAUCUCUGCCCGAUCUGCACAUGCCCAUGUGCUUAAGGCCAUGGGGCUUGCUGAAGAGGAUGAACAUGCACCUCGGGAACGGUCAUCUAAACCAAAGAAUGGUGUAGAGAACCCAGAGGGUUCACAAGCCCACAAGAAGCUGGAGAGACCGGCCCAGCCUCCUAAGGAUCUGGAAGCCCGAACUGGGGCUGGCCCUCUCGCACGUGGAGAGCGGAAGAAGAGUGUAGUUGAGAGCUCAGCCCCAGGAGCCAAUAACCUGCAGGUUAACGCCCUAGUGGCUCGGCUGCCUCUGCUCCUUCCCCGGGCCCCUCGCUCGCUUAUUCCACCAAUCCCAGUCUCUCCACCUAUUCUGGCCCCCAGGCUUUCUUCAGGUGCCCUGAAAGUGGCUACACUGCCUCUGUCUAGUAGGGCCGGGGCACCCCCAGCAGCUGUACCCAUCAUUAACAUGAUCUUACCCACUGUUCCUGCUUUGCCUGGACCUGGGCCCGGGCCUGGGCCUGGGCCUGGGCGAGCUCCACCUGGGGGACUCACUCAGCCCCGGGGCACAGAGAACAGAGAGGUAGGCAUAGGUGGUGACCCAGGACCAUAUGACAAGGGUGUCAAGAGGACAGCUGAAGUACCUGUGAGUGAGGCCAGUGGGCAGGAUCCACCAGCUAAAGCAGCAAAGCAGGAUAUAGAGGAUACAGCAAGUGAUGCCAAAAGGAAACGGGGGCGCCCUCGAAAAAAGUCAGGUGGAAGUGGGGAAAGGAAUUCUACCCCUCAGAAGUCAGCAGCUGCCGUGGACUCUGCCCAGUCCUCAAGGUUACCAUGGGAGACAUGGGGCUUAGGAGGGGAAGGCAACUCAGCUGGAGGGGCAGACAGGCCAGGGCCAAUGGGAGAGGCUGAAAAGAGGGCAGUGCUUGCCCAGGGUCAGGAAGAUGGUACUGUUUCCAAAGGAGGAAGGGGCCCCAGUUCCCGGCAUACCAAAGAAGCAGAAGAUAAAAUUCCCUUGGUCCCCUCAAAAGUGAGUGUCAUCAGAGGCAGCAGAAGCCAAAAGGAGGCUUUUCCUUUGGCAAAGGGAGAGGUAGGCACUGCACCACAGCGUAAUAAAGACUUAAAGGAGCAUGUGCUUCAAAAUUCCUUAUCCCAGGAGCAUAAAGACCCCAAAGCAACACCCCCAUGAUAUAGGUCUGUGGGGAAGAGUGUUUAUAUCCCUGCAUUAACUGCCUAGUAGAGGCCCUUCUCUGCACUUGCUUCUCAUUUGGCUAUUCUUUUCCUAAGGAAGUCCAUUCUCUUCUGUACAGACAGCUGAGUCACCCAGUCUACUUAGUACCUGGUUGCUGCCUCUGACCUUUUCAGCUUGAUACCCUUGGCUUUAGUAUAACCAAUAAAUCUGUAGUGACCUUACCUGUAUUCCCUGUGCUAUCCUGUGGGAAGGUAGGCAUGGGCUAUGAUGAAUGUAUAAGUUAGGGAUCUUUUGGUUUUAAAUCACAGAAAACCUAAUUCAAACUGGCUUAAUAUAAAAAGGGUUUAUUGGUUCAUGUAACUGGAAAGUCCAUAGGUAGUGCUCGCUCCAGGUGAAGCCUGACCCAGUAGCUCAGUAUGUCUCUAAAUACCGGACUGAUUUUUUUUCUCACUGUUGCAUCUUCUGUAGGACCAUCUUAAGUCUGGGCCACUUAAUGGCUGCUAGCAUUCCUGGGAUUACACGUUUCCCCAUUUAUGUCCAAUCAGAAAAAGAAGGCAUCUUUGUACCAGAAAUCUCAGCAAAAGCCCUAACAUUCACACUGAUUAGGCCUGGGUCACAUGUCCACCCCUGACCAAUCAUUGUGGCCAGGAGGAUGGUACAUGCUAAUUUGCUUAUUCUACACCAUGGACUACACCUUUGGGGAAAAGGGUGGGGUCAGCUUCCCCAAAAUCACAUGGAUUCCCCAUGUGGAAACUAGGAGCAUGCAGUUGCUUGGCUGGCUGCUGACACCAGGCUACUAUUAUUUUAGCUUGCUAAGUUGAGAUCAGCUAGACCUGCUUUUUUUUCUCCUCAGUCUUGCAUUUCCCUCAAUACAAGCUAUAGCCUCUUUCCUCUUGUUUCUAGUCUCAGAAGGAAGGAGAGGGAAGCCAUUUUCCUGUAGGAACUCUCCAGUCUCAUUUAGACGAUAGUCCCUUUUUUUCUACCUCCAUCUUAGAGAUGGAGCUCCUUUUCCUGUUUCUUAAUUUUUGUUUUCUCCUCAUUCCUGCUUCCCUAUCUCUCGCCCUAUUGCCAGUUCCACCAGCUAGCAUGAAAGACUUCCUAGCCAUUUCAUUAAAUCUAUUCUGUAGCCACCAGGUGGCAGCAUCUUUUCAGGACUUAGGACUGCGGGGUUUAGGUUAGAUGUCAGGGAAAGAGCUAGUUCUGUGGUCAGGCGGCACCAAUGAGAAAGGAAUGCAGACCCUCCAGAUGUAUCCUUGGGAAAAGCCGUAAACCAACUAAUAUUUAUUGAAGACCUACUUUGUCCUCUACAUAGGGUAGCUUCUGUCAGGGAAUCUUGGUUCUUCCCCAAAAACACUGAUUUUCUUUCAGGGAGACUUCAUGUGUUCAUUUUAUUUCCACCAGAGCAGAUUUAAAGAAAUUAUAAUAUGUAAUAUUUGGUAUCUAUAAAGAGUAUAUCUAAUGUGAAUAAAUUAUGAAGCAUACUAAUGAGUACCUAUGACCCAUAACACAAUUUAUACAUUAAAACAUUUGAAAUACCA